CGGCUCGAGCCGCGAUUUCGUAAAUAUUUUGGUUCUGUUCCGCGGAUGUUUUGCUAAUUUUGUUGACUUUCCACUUUAAGAACAUUGAUGUGAAGAAAAAUCUAAAUGAAUUGUAAAUCUGUGCAGUAAAAAUAUUGAAAAAGUGACUUCAAUAUGGAUGGAUUGAGCUUAGUCGACCUGAAGCAUAAAGUACUUUCGAUCACCAAAAAAACCGACGAAGCGUACAAAUGCACCGCUGCUCUGAAUUGCAAAUACAGUCAGCCUCUGAACAAGUUCAUGCUCAAGAAAUUUGCUCGUCACAUCAAAACGUUCCACCUGAAUGUCUAUAAUGCUCUCCUGGGGGAAAAGCUGCUGGAAAAUAGAAAAGGCAAUUGGAGAGAAGUUUACCAACCUAAGACCACGAUCAAAGCCAGAGUGUUGUCGUUUGUGAAGCAAACCCCUCAGGGCUACGUCUGUGGCUUGGGCGAUAACUGCACCUACACCCAUCCGUUGCAUAAGCUCGUGGCGAACAAUUUUGUGCGCCACGUACUAACCAAUCACGUCCAGGACUACGAAAGGCUGGACUUGGGCCGCAUGGAUCAGGGCAACAGUCGACCGACUCUAAAACGGAACGAUCCCUCUUUGGUGCAGGUGCCGGCCAAAGUGAGCAGAUUCCGGUUCAUGUGCGGCCUAAUUCGGCUGGUCACCACGCACGGACUGCCAUUCGAGUGCGUAUCUUGGGAAGGAAUGCAGGACAUCAUUAGUCCGCACCUGGAGGCACUGAAGAUAACCAUGGACGAGCUAAAAAUUCGAUCCGUUGUAUAUAAGCUGGCGGAGCGGAUGCAAGAUUUGGUGCGCGAGGAUUUGCGUGGCAGGAUGGUGGCGCUUCAACUGCACGGGGUUAUGGGCAAGAGCGGACAGUAUAUGGUGCAGGUAUCCUGUACGUACAUGAAGAACGGUCACAUCAGCAAGCAAGCGUUAGGUGCCAUUGUUUUGGACGAAACCAAUACGUGCAUCGACUUCGAGGACAAGGUGAAUAAAAUAAAGGAACGGUGGGGCCUGGAGCAGUGGCAAAUCUACACAAUGUCGAUCGAUCACGGCAGGAUUUAUUUGCCCCAGCGUCCUACGGAUGGUGAACCAGAACAUCUGCAGCAGAAUGCGGACGUAGAUGAUUCGAAGUUUGUCGAAGUCUUGGGACAAUACAACGCCACGCUUAAUGAAGUGAAUGUUCUGCAGUGUGGCUUACACCUGCUCAGUAUGGUGGCCACGGAAGUUACUCAGGAGUAUGCGGAAACCAUCGAUGUGUUGAUUGAAACUAUGAAGAAAUUUCGUUACGAUGUGUACAAACCGUUCUUUCAAGCCAAAAUGAUCCGUUACCCUCCGAUUCCCGAUCGGAAUUUUUACGGUUUCGGAACCUAUUUGAUGAUGAAAGCACUGCGGGAUGACCGACCGUUCUACGAAUACUUCUGUACGAAACAUCCGGGAUACACACUGAAUUUGCAAUGGGAUUUUAUCGAAGAGUUUGUGUUGGCCUUUGAACCUUUAUAUGAAUGUGCGUCCUGGAUCGGAAACUGCGGACUAAGCGAUUUCCACUUGCAAUGUCUCCUAGCGUACGGAAGAAUACGCUGCUUAGACAUCAAUCGAUUCAAAGAUAGUCUUCUCAGCCACCUAGAAACUCGCCAGAAGAUGUUGCUUGAUCUAGCGCCGUACAGAGCCGCUCUGUUUAUGGACCCCCGAUUGAACUUCCGCGGAUCCAAGCUGUUCGAUCACAACAUGAAAGAAAAAAUCGUCACAUUCCUGUUAUCGAUCUACACCAUGACUGGCGACGAAGAGCCAAAACAUGACAAUAGGGCCCCCUCAUGCACAUCCACGCAGUCAUCGGGCGAUUUUAGCAUGAAUGCCUACUUGACGGAGAUGCUUGGGGAAGGAUCCUCAGAGUUGUCCAUGGAGGAUUUAAUCCGGGAAAUCCAACACCAGGAACGGUGCGACGCCGAUGAUCGACGAUUCGACAUCAUCAAGUACUGGGCCCAGAAGAAGAUGCACGACCCCCGGUUGUGGACGCUGGCAAUGACGGUAUUUUCUCCGCUGAUAACGCACUGCGAAACGGAGGAGGAUCUGACCCAAGUGAUGCUAAGACCGGACAGAAGGGCGGAGGGUUUCCCAAAUUGGGACAAUACGCAAUCAAUGGACACCACCGAAGAAGACGAUAUGUGGAAUGUUCUACUUGUGAGGCAAAAUCCAUCCCUCUUGGAGAAAGCCGUCAGAGAAGUGUGCUUUAAGGGCCAGUUGAGCGAUUUAGACUCUAAUGUGUAAUAAUUUACUCUCAGUAUUCACUAUAAGGUUUUUAUUUAAUUUGACGAAAACGAAGAAUCGAUUUUGCUUUUAUAAAAAAAUGUCUA